AUGGUGUUACAAAUUCUGAAGGAAAAGAGAUUGUAUGCCAAACUCUCUAAGUGUGAGUUUUGGGUGAAAGAAGUUAAGUUUCAGGGACAUGUAGUAUCAAAUGGAGGUAUAGGAGUGGAUCCUGCUAAGACAGAAGCAGCUUUAGAGUGGGAGCAACCUAAGACAGUCAUCGAGAUUCGAAGUUUCCUCAGGCUAGCUGGAUAUUAUCAAAAGUUCAUCAAAAGAUUUUCACAAUUGGCUUUACCACUAACUCAACUCACUAGGAAGGAGGUACCUUUUGUUUGGACGGAUGAGUGUGAAGAAAGCUUCAAGACCCUCAAGGAAAGGUUGACGACAGCACCGGUGUUAAUUCUGCCAGAUCCCGAAGGACCAUUUGAGGUUUUCUGCGAUGCUUCCUUAAAGGCUUAG